CGUCGGCUUUAAGCGGAGCGGGUGCGUCGGGUCCGGGUUCCGCUCUGGCCGCCGCCCCUCCGCUCGCCGCCAGGAUGAUGUGCGGGGCGCCCUCCGCCACUAAGCCCGCCACGGCCGAGACGCAGGCCAUCGCCGACCAGGUGAAGGCCCAGCUGGAACACCGGGAGAAUAAGAAAUACACUACGUUCAAGGCUGUGGAGUUCAGAAGCCAGGUGGUCGCGGGCAGGAACUACUUCAUCAAGGUUCAAGUUGAUGAUGAUGAGUUUGUGCACAUUCGAGUGUUUGAAAGUCUCCCACACGAAAACAUGCCCUUGACCUUGUCCAACUAUCAGACCCACAAAGCCAGGCAUGAUGAACUGGCGUAUUUCUAGCUCCCGGUCUGAACAUGCCCGUCCGGUGGUUCCGUCCUCUGUGGCCGUGCCUGGGGUCAUAAACCGAGGCCUUUUCUACAUUGGGGGUGGGGGAGGGGGUGUCACACAGCUCUCCUGACUUGCCUUGGGAGAGACAAAGUCAACACGAUCAAUGAUCCCAGUUACUUUCAAAGAGGGCUUAUAUUCUCUUUUAAAUACAUAUUUUUAAGUCUUGACAAAUUUA